AGAAGGAGAAAGCGCGCUAGCAACCACAACUCAGCCUUCUUCUUCUUUCCGAUCGUCACCCCCUUCAUCGCCUUCCACCCUCUGCUCAGUGCAUACUCGCCUGUCCCCCUGUAUUCCUUGUAUCCCCUGUAUCCGAUCGCUAUCCUCGUGCGACCAACUCCGGGCGUUCCCUGUACUCCAUACUUAACCUUACUGGUAUCCUCUCGACCCAAACACCAUCCUGAGAAGAUUCGAGUUUCACACUCACCCCCCUCCUCCUCCACAUCCACACCCACACCCAUUCCCACUGCCGUUCCGUACGUUCACCACCACCAGAUCUCCAUCUACACCUACAAUACACCUACACCUACACCUGCAUCUGCACUGCCGGACUGCAUCACGAACUGACCGUCUCCCGAAAUCCCUCCUUAUACACCAUUCAUCGUCGUAGGAUAUGUGAACCACUGCUUUCGAUCCCGCCUACUCGCCUCCCCCACUCCCACUCCCAUUUCCUCCCUCUUCUCCCAUAUCCGCCACAACUCCACGAUGGCAACGUCGACCGCUGCACGCAACAUGGCGAGAUAUGUGUGCAUGGUAAAUCUGUUGGCGGCCGCGGUACGGGCGCAGGAUCCCUCGGUAUCACCCACCAAUUCCUCCUUACCACCGGACGUGCGAAAUUCGAUAAUUACCCUGAGGUUGGAAGGCGGACCGUUGUUCUCGAAUUCCAUGCCCUACGCCAUCGCACCCCUCACCAGCGAGGCAGGAAGAGGGCAGAGUGAUACGGCGUUAAAGGUUCGUGAAGGCUUCAUCUCUCUAAUCCAAAGGCUGUGAAGAAAACUAAAUGAGUGGUCUCAGGCAAUUGGCUUUCAAGGAACCCUCAAAAAGGCCGACACCCGGAAUGCGGAUAGUUUAAAUGCGACCGACCUGGCUUUUGUCAGCUGCGAUCCAACCGAUUCGAAUCUGAGUGCCAGUAAUGUGGUGGCGCGAGCCAGUAAUGUUCGUCCGAAGGGAAUCAUUCUAUACAGUACUCUUGCCAAUGCUUGCAUAUUGAAUGGAAGUUUCGGUUACUACACCAUCUACACAAUGACAAGCCAGCGGGAUACACAAGAUAUCCUAAACAAAAUCGAUUUGUAUCCGGCCGCCACCGAUAUUCUCACGGCCACCAUUGGGGGCAAUACAACAUCCGGGGGAACUCCUUCAUCCACAAGCAAUGAUGGUGGGCCCGCACCAACGACUGCAGUGGCUAUGAGCAUUCUUUAUAGUAUUACCGGCAUCAUAACUCUUCUUUUCUUGAUCAUCAUCGCAACAGGAGCUGUUCGCGCCCACAGGCACCCGGAGAGGUAUGGCCCUAGAACGGGGUACGCUGGAAGACCAAGACAAAGUCGUGCAAAGGGGCUUGCGAGAGCAAUGUUGGAAACAUUGCCAAUUGUGAAGUUUGGAGAUCCAGAGCCGGUCAAACCAACAGAUAGGGAUGUGGAAUUGGAAGAGGGAACAGCUUCACACACGGAACACGCUCAGCCAGCUGGUGCCGCUCCUAAUCAAAAUACUAAUAAAUCGGCGGAGAGGAGUUUAUCACCAGCUGAUGCUGCCACGAGGUCUGGUACGGCAGCUACAGAAACAGAAUCUAUCAACUCCAGCACACCUGGAGCAGCAGCGUCUAUCACGGAAGCGGAGUUGGAAUGUUCAAUCUGCACGGAAGAUUUUACCACAGGAGAAGAUGUUCGGGUUUUACCUUGCAACCACAAAUACCACCCAGCAUGUAUUGACCCUUGGUUAUUGAAUGUGUCUGGUACUUGUCCAUUAUGGUAAGACUCUUUUCUCGAACGAUGUAUGACAAAACUAAUUAUUCAUCAGUCGCCACGAUCUUCGCCCAGAGACAGCAGCAGAGGGUGGUGAGUUACCUCCACCACUUGAGGGAGAAAAUGGUACACGAACGUCUGGUGAGGGAAAUGAUGAUGCAGCGGUUACACAGCAUCGCCGUCGUACUCGAUUCUUGGACCUCCACAGGCUUCGUCACGCACCUCCAGAUGAAAGAAUUGCCGCGCUUCGACAAUUAAGAGAACAGUCUCGAACGACGGGGGAAGCGGUAGAAGAGGUCGAAGAGCAACAAGGCCGAAGAGCCAGAUUAACUGGCCGAUUGAGGGAUAGGUUUCGAAUAAGGACGAGGACUCAGAAUGCUAGUUCUCCACCUGAUUCGACCCAGGCUCCCGCUCCCGCCCCGGCGACCCAGCCUCCAGCGGCUUCCUCAUAAGCUUGGAAACAGAACAGGCCAUGAGGGGUUGCUAGACAGUUUACGAACAUGAUGAUUUUGAUUGUACAUUUCGCAUCUCCGGGAAAAAUUGCAAGAAUGGAGGGGAGCGGUUUGAUUUUGUGGGGCCGAUUCAGUUCACAUGCAUGGUUGGCGUUUUAGCGAGUGUUGUUUUUGUUAACUUGGGAUACCGGCGUUUGUAGGGUUUGUUUUGCGCUGAUGGUGGAUUUGGAUGGAUGAUAGAUACAGACUAUCAACUCCUUUCUUCGUCGUUGUUGGGCGGGGAUUGCAUUUCGAUAUGCACGCUAAAGAGGUGGAUCGUUGACUUGACUAUAUAUUUCUGUAGUUCACAGAGAGGAUGGCGGAGAAGU